CGGGAGCGCGGCCGCGGCCCCCGCGGGGAGCGGCUCCGCGGCGGCCCGUGAGUCAGCCCCCGGGCGGCAUGGAGCCCUUCCCGCCGCCCACGGAGCAGGACGAGGAGGACUGGCUCGGCCCGCAGUCAGACCACAGCAAACCUGUGUCGGCACAAAGUGCAACGUGCAGAGUGAUUGUGCACCUUGACUUGGACUGCUUUUAUGCACAAGUUGAAAUGGUCCGUAAUCCUGAACUAAGAGACAAGCCUUUAGGAGUGCAGCAGAAAUACAUUGUAGUUACUUGUAACUAUGAAGCCAGAAAACUUGGAGUUAAGAAACUGAUGUCUGUCAAGGAUGCUAAAGAGAAGUGUCCUCAUCUGAUACUGGUUAAUGGAGAAGAUCUGACUGCGUACAGGGAAAUGUCAUACAAGGUUACAGAGUUGUUGGGGGAAUUCUGUCCACUGGUGGAAAGGCUUGGGUUCGAUGAAAAUUUUGUGGAUAUCACAGCAAUUGUGGAGAAGAGACUAAACCAGCUACAGCAAAGUGGAUGCCCCAGGAUCUGUGUGUCUGGCCACGUAUACAAUCACCAAGCCAUCAAUCUGCAGGACACAAGGCACGUAAGGCUAGUCAUUGGGUCUCAGAUUGCAGAGGAGUUCAGGGAAGCCAUAUAUGAGAGACUGGGCCUCACGGGCUGUGCAGGAGUGGCCUCCAACAAACUGCUGUCUAAACUGGUAUCUGGGACCUUUAAACCGAAUCAGCAAACAGUGCUUCUGCCUGAAAGCUGUCAGGAGCUUCUGCGCAGCCUUGAUCACAUCCAGAAAGUGCCUGGCAUUGGCUACAAAACCAGCAAACGUCUUGAAGCGCUGGGGGUUAGGAACGUGUGUGAUCUCCAGGCGUUUCCCUCUGCUGUGUUAGAGAAGGAACUGAGCACUUCUGUUGCUCAGCGUAUCCAAAAACUCAGCUACGGAGAAGACGACUCCCCUGUGACUCCGUCUGGCCCACCUCAGGUACAGUCCUUUAGUGAUGAAGACUCCUUUAAAAAAUGUUCAUCAGAAGGGGAAGUGAAAGAGAAAAUUGAAGAACUGCUUCCUAACUUAUUGGACAGAAUAGAGAGAGAUGGGAGACAGCCACACACCGUGAGGCUGACCAUCCGCCAGUUCUCCUGCACCAACAAAUGGUUCAGUCGGGAGAGCCGUCAGUGUCCUGUUCCACCUCAUCUCCUUCACAAGUUUGGGAAAGGCAGGAGCAACAUCAUAUCACCAUUGGUUGAUCUACUAAUGAAACUCUUUCGAAAGAUGAUAGAUGUAGCUCAACCAUUUCAUCUCACCCUUCUGAGUGUCUGCUUCUCCAACCUCAAAGAUCUUCCUAGCAGCAAGAAAGGAUCAAUUGGUUUCUAUCUAAAGCAGAUGUCACCACCAUCAGGCUCUGGUAAACGUGUCCGGGAAGUGGAAGAUGUCUCACAAGGUGAGGGAAGUGCUUCGAGGAACAAGAGCUUCAAGGGAACUGGAACUACAAAAACAAGGAAGCUUUCAGAGGAAAAGGAAAGUGAUACUAAACCAGCAGGAAUUCCUGACUUGCCAUUUCCUUUGUGUCCCGGUGGCACAGACCAGGAAGUCUUCAGGGAGCUUCCAGAAGAUAUUCAAAAAGAAAUUGUUUUGGAACAAACAGAAGCAAUCCCAAGGGAGGAUGUUUCGGGUAUGCCAUCUGUGUGCUUUGCAGAAGAGGUACACAGCACUGCCCCAGGUUCUAGGGGACUGAACAGGGAUAUGCAGUCUGCAGCAUGCAGCACACACCUCACAUCGGCUCCUGAAGAGGCAGCUGUUCUGCCACACAGCUCCAGGGCCAGUUGUUCCUCCACGUGUCCCAGCAGUGCAGUGGCCAGCAGCAGCACAGAGGAACAACCUGUUGACUCUCUCAGCUUCCCAGCGAGAGACCUGUCAUCUCUGGAAGCUGGAGCCAGCCAAACCAUCAUGCAUGGCCCUGUCUUGGAUAAACAUAAGCAAGCCUCUGAAACAACCUUGGAGGAGAAAACUUCCAGUAGGGAAACAGUAGUUAUGUUCCCUCCCAAUGUCGACCCAAAGACUUUUUAUGAACUACCUCCUGAUGUGCAAAAAGAGCUACUAGCUGAAUGGAAGAGUGAGGAACCUGCAUCCAAAAGGUCUAUGGAGAAGCCCUCAGAAAAGCACAGAACAAGUAAAGGACGAAGGAAUGCUGCGCCGUGUUUAUCACAGUCUAACAGUUUGCUAAGAUACUUUAAACCACAGUGAAUCAUUUUUCAUAACAGUGGCACUGUAAGAAUCAGCACUUGAAGGCACUUUAGUUAAGUUUUACUAUACAUUGUAAAGAUGUGAACAUUAAACAUUUACUUUGACAACUGUUGACAUAAAA